AGGUUUCUAUUUUCUGGAUACACUGACACGUGUGGUCGGCGGAGGAGGCGGACAGCUGCCUUAGAGGAGCAGACAGAGGUUGAGAGUCGCAUCUGCUCUGCGUUCAACAUUUCCAGCGCUCCCUCAACUUGCAGCCAAGCCGAGCCAGCUGCCUCCUGCCCGGCGCUUGUCCCUUCCUCCUCCACCGGGAUUAGAGGAUUGAGGACAGGACUGUGGCACUUCGAGGACGCGGAAUUAGAAGUGAUGGCCUCAGCUGCGCAGCUGUGCCGGUGAUCCUGCCGCUGCACGUCGGGAAGAAGCAGAGACGCCGUGACAACCGACCUACCUUCCUCUCUCGCUCAACAACAACAACAACAGAAAAAAAGCAGAGAAGGAAAAAAAAAAAAAACACCAGCAUAAACAAAUGCGACCAUGUACAGUGUGGAGGACCUCCUCAUCUCUCAUGGAUACAAGCUGCCCAAGCAUACCAACACCCCCUCGUCAACCCCUACUCCAACCCCUGCAUCCUUAACCCGACAGGCUCCUUCAUCCUCACCGCCAUCCUACAGCAAACACCAUGAAAUCCUGGAGAACAUGCCUGGCCCUAGGACAGUGAACGGUUAUGAAAGAGGGCCUGGGGUACCCUAUGGGAAUGGUGGUGGACCCCGGCAGCCUCAAGCAUAUGUUGGUGGCGGCUGUCCUAACAACAACAAUGAACCCAGGGAUAGGAGCCAAUCCAGGCGGGAGGGCGAGAACCGGAGCCAAAUUGACACCCACUCAUUGGGAGAGUCGCUGACCUCAGACAGCGGGUUCUGUGAUGCUACCAGAGGUCCUCAACCGCAGUCCAAGGAUGUGGCCUACUGGAGGAGGAAAGGGCAGGACUUCACUGUGCUGCUGGACUAUGCAGACUUCAGAGAGUCCCAUGGAGGUGGGCAGGUGGGUUAUAGCAGACCAGAGGGUCCUCAACAAGCAAGAGGCCAGGAGUUGUCUGCAGAGGAUCGGCAGAGGUUAGCUCAGGAGAAGCAGCGCUGGGCAGCGCAGGCCCAGGCUCAGGCGCACGCCCAUGCCCAGGUUCAGGCUCAGGCCCAGGCUCAGGCUCGCUCAAGAGAGAGAGAAGCUGCUCUCCAUCAGUGGAGGGUGGUAAAUGAGAGGAAGUGCCAGAGCCUGGGGACAGACGAGUGGCGUCCAGCUGUUAGUUUUGCCCGCCAGCUGUCACAGAGUGAGGGUGAGCGCUGGGCACAGGAGCAGCAGCGGCUUCAUGCCAGGACACCAGAGGGCAUGGUAGUCCACCCCAGGACCAAAGCCAAAUCUCAGUCCCUGCCUAGGAUGGUGCAGCCUGAGAGCCUGCAAUAUGUGGACAUAGCCUCAUCUGGUCAGGAGUUUUACAGACGGGUCAAUGGCCACCCACUGUCACAACACGACCUUUAUAGGGCGCCCCGCUGGCCAGAAAAUGGCAGGCCAGCGAGCGCAAACCAACUCUCAAUAACACCAAAGCCCCGCUUCACCCGACCCCCCAGACCUCCCUCCUAUGAGAUGCACCAGCAGAUCAGGGGAAGCUGUGAGGUGUUGUCUGGGAGAGACUCUGUGAUUUCCCAUGCCAGGGACAGAACACCGAUUCCCAUAUCAAGGACAGGUGACCCCCAACUGGACUAUUUUGCACAAGACUCCCGACCUCCAGGAUACAUCCCUCCUCCAUCAUACAAAAGAGCUCCCUUAAUGGGAGGGGGCCGCCGGGGAUAUGGGGAAAUUACUGCUGACUACAGGUAUAGAGGGGAUGUGUACCAGCAGAUACAUGUGGCUCCAGAUGGAUCUCACUGGUUUACCAGACAUCCAGCUGGUUCCUGGCCUGAUCCCCAGGUUGGGAGGAUCAUGCCUGGCCAGAAGCAGCUGUACCCAGUUUAUACUUCCCAGGAGCACCCCUGUGGAGGAAUCCAGUAUAUCCCCUUUGAUGACCCCCGCAUCCGCCAUAUUUCCUCAGCCCUGGGUGGCAACUCCCUGACGGACGCUGACAAGAUCCGCCACAUCCGCAAUGAGCUUCCCAGUGUCACCGUGUCGGAGCCCACAUCUGACGACAGUGCCUUCUUGCCCCCACCUUUGGGGCCUUUCAUUGCUGCCAAACUGGCUGAUGAUGCUAACAAGACGUCUUCUAGCGACUUUGACAAUGACAGGUGGCACAGUGAUUUGCACAAAGAGACUGUAGAUAACUUCCCAGCAACUGACCAAAACUGCAACACAAGAUAUCCCAAAAACCAACGUCCUCCUUCAUCUCCAUCUUCAGCCUUCCAUGCCCCGGUAACAAGGAGCUCUUCUAACCUGGGGUCAAGCUCAGACACUAUCACCCAUGUGAAGAAAAUUGCCCCCGAUUCAGUGCCAGAAAUCAACAGGAAUACUAAGAGAAGAGUGAGUGAGACCAUCUUCUGCCUUGUGUCUGUCCCUGUCCACACACCAACUAUUCUUCACAAAGACUCUGCAGAUCAGAACAACAAUGAGAUGGGAUCAAACCUGACUGUCGCCCACACAAACACUUUUGCUGUAGGCCUCAGAGAGAGCCCGAAUAUUCGGAGCAAAUCAGUAAAUGAGAUGCCCAUUCAACCCCACUAUUCUCACUAUCACACCAGCAGUACAUCCUUAAUGAGGAACUAUAAGAGGGCUCCUCUAAGGAAGGAGAUAAUAGAUGCCUGGGCACUUCAAGCUAGGGAAGACAAAGAGCUGUGCUACUCUGGGUCCUGGCCUGGAAACCAGUACCGUAAUCAGGAAACCCAGACUGGCUCACCUCUGUCAGUGGUGAAAAGUCCAGAACCCCAGAGUCCUCCUGGUGGACAAGGGCCUGUUCAGUCCAUCUCAGACCCACAUAUGGAAAGUUGUGUUGGGACAGACAGUAGCUCCAAUUAUGGCUACCCCAUGGCAGGCCAGAAAAACCUUAAUCUCUCUAGCAACAGCGCCUUUUCUCGUCUCAGCCCAACACAAUCGUCAUCACAUCAACCCUCACCCUCACCACAAGAACCAUCUUCUCCAUCAAAGGCCCAAGAUCUGGGGGAUCAGCAGCCAUCAUCUCCCAGGAAGAGCAACUCCAGUCCAGAGAGUUCAGAGCAAGUGACUUUUGGGCAGUUUCUCUUGAAGCCAGUGAACCGACGACCCUAUGAUGCCAUUGGUGAACUGGAAAGCAUUAACAAGGAGAUGGAAGAUACCAUCAGCAAGAGACCUAACGGUGGUCUCUGUAUUGAUGGUAGGAUGAAUAAGAGAUCAGACCAGUGUAAAUCAGGAGCUCUUUUCACUGCUGGUCCAGAACCAGGCAGGGAAGCAAUCAGUCUUCCACCAAUGCACACAGAGAACCCCACCAGUAUAAAAGUUAGAUCAAAGUCCUUGGCUUCCACCGCUGAUCUAGACUUCAUGGACAUAAAGAGUUCUUUCUCCAGGUCACAGCCCAACAACAUACCACCAACGAAUGAGCAAUCCAAUCUCCAAAAUCCAGACCUCAAAGACAGUGUCCACCUGCCUUCACUAAGCCCACACAAUGAGUCAAACCGUCUCUAUAGACAAGACAUCCCAGUUCCUCAAGAGUCCUUGCUGAGAGAUGUGGGAUUAACUGUCUACACAGAGACUCCUGGUGGUCCUGGGGAGCCAAUAAAGCGUUCACUCUCAGUUCCUUCUCCACUUGAUCAUAAGGAGAUAAGUCAGUCAGUACAGCUCUCAUGGGAAAGCAGGACAGCACUUGUUAAAAAUAGUAGUAGCCCUGAGCACAAUUCAAAUAAGGAACAUCAAGCUGAGGUUGAGACUGAGAGAAAGACUAAAUCAGAGAGUGUUUCUCCAAUCAGGGAAGAGGUGGAUUUGAGUAUAUGUAGAACCAGAAGUGAAAGCAGCAGAUCACCCAAGAAAGAGGGUUCAUCUCAUAUCAGCAGACUUACCAGGGAGGUUUCUUUUAUGCAUGAGAAUGAUGAUGGUGAUGGGAAAUAUGCUAUCUCUGAGCCUCUGACCUAUAAGAAUGAGUCAACCAUAACUGACAAGCACUUGGAGAACUUGCUGAUUCAGGAGAAAGCCAAUUCUUUACCUGCAGAGGACCUCAGCAACCUGUAUGAAGUCAAAUGUGCGCAAGGUAUCCCUGAAAAUGAGUCCAUUGAGCAGAGGGCUGCCCGAAUCCUGGGUAUAGCUGUUCCAGUGGAAGCCUUGGGGGUGGCUGACAAAGAGUCAGAGGACAACCAGAGUGAUGAGGAUACCACUGUAAAUGAGAGACUGCAAAGUGAAGAAGAAGAGACACAGAAGGUGAUGGAAGAGUGUGCGCAAGUCAAAGAGGAGUCCCUGAUUGACCAGGGAGCAGAGAGAGAGGAGGUCAAGGAGACAGAAUUAGAUGAGGCCCUUGCAGAAGCAGACAGACAAAAGCACAGCAGCAACCACAGUGAUAGUGCAGACAAUGAGGACAUUGAAGGUCAAUCCCUUGUGGUACUGGACAUGCCCGAGUUUCCACCAAGUAAGCUCACCCUGUCCCUGCCUGUCUCCCCUGAUGGGAAGCUGACACUUAGCAUAUGUAAUGUGGAAAAAAAGGGGCAAAGUGGAACAUGCAAACUAAUUGAAUCCCUGCAAGAUAAGCUAAGCUCUUCCUCUUCAUCUGCUACAUCUCAGGGCAGGUCAACCCCAGAAAGAAUGGCCCGUAUGAAAGAGCUGAACUCAGUAUCUCGAAUUAGACGCCUUAGCCUCAAGGGUUUAGAGUCCGAGGAGAGGGAAAGUGAAGUCCAAGAGGAGACAAAGAAGGAAGAUGUGGAGAAACUGGAACAGGAGGGUGGUCAGAAACUAGAGGAAGAACAAAUGAAGGAAGUGAAAAAUCAAGGUGAAAAUGAAAAUGCACAUGAAACAUUACAUGAGGUAUCAUGUGAACCUGAAGAUUGUAAACCUAAAGAGGAAGCCAAUGAUAAGACAACUGAGGAAGAGCGAAGACAAGAAGGAGACACAGAGGAGAUGAAUGUUGAGAUUGCACUAAGAGAAGACAAUGAAACAAGUAAAGACAAAGAUACUGAAUCAGAAGCAGUAGCAGAUGGGAGUAAAGAAGUAGACAUUGAAUUAAAAGCUGAAGGUGAAGAGAACAAAGAAGAAGAAGAUGUUGAAUUAAAAACAGAAAAUGAAGGGAGUAAAGAAGUAGAGAUUGCAUUCAAAACAGAAGAGCCAGAGAAAGAGGUGGAGCUAAAAAUUGUGGAGGAUGACAAGAAAGAAAAGCCUUUGGUGGAGGUGACAGAGGAACAAAGUACAGCAACAGUCAGUAAAGCCAGCACCACACAAGGUGCAGGAAGGAAAAAAGCGCCCAAACCAAAGCAGCGAACCAGGCUUCAGAAGCCUCCUCUGCUUCCUAAACCCCGCAGUGUUCCUAAGAGAGAAAUAACGCUGCCACUCAGCUUCAGCACUGGGACCUGUGGCCCCUCGAAUAUGGAGGAUGAAGAGAUGCUCUCUGUCUCAGACUCCUACGACCCCAGUCGAGUGGAAAGAGUGUGACCUCUGACUCUGCCUUCACCACUGUGGAAAUCUGUCUUUUCUCAAGUUAACAGCUUUUUUCCAACAACAAAGGCUUUCAUCUCAUCUCACGGCUUACUCAGCUGUGACCCCCUCCAGUAUUGUUACGCAUUAUUUCUCACAGAACUGACUGUUCUGGUGCUGCGAGAGCAUUGUUAUAGCCAAAUAAAGGCACCUGCUGGUGCCAAUUCUCCAGGCCUUUUCAACCUCAACAUCCUCGUCCUUCCAUUUUCCCUCCACCUCUCACGGAGUUUAUUUGCUCAACAAAUGGACAGCCUCCUGUUGAAGUUGUCUUAUUAUGCUUUUGGAGAAAUGCAUGUCAUUAUUCCCGUCUGCACUUGGGCUCCAUCUUGAGCUUGGGUGUUGAAAUAUGAAUGUAAAAUUGCUUCUGCUUCACAAACAAAAGUAAUGUAACACAAAAAAAUAAGACAACAGUAUUGCAUUACAAUCAGUAUUAACCUACACCAAAUGUAAAUAAGAAAGAGUUAUAAAAUUUUAUUAAGAAUAUAAAAAACAAUUUAAAACAUUUAAUUGCUGAAGAAAUGUAUAUUUUCUUAUAUGUUAAGAAAAGACUAGAUUUUUUGGAAGUGUAGUCUUUGGGUGUAUUACUAAUAAUAAAACCCUGUGCUCUUUAUUCUUAUACUUGUGUGAUAGAGAAUGUACUCUGAGAGCCUGGAUGCAAUGAGAAACACUGUGGUCUGUGAAUAGUUUCACUAAAGAGCAAUAUAGUCGUCGUAUGUGGGAUGUUUGUGACAUGAUUCAAGUAGUAAGUCUCCAUUUCACGGAGCUCAUCGCAUUUAAACGUCUGCUUUAAAGCUCUACCUUUGGUACAAGUGUUGGAUUUGCACUGCUGAGAUUAUUGGCUUUAUGUUACCAGUGAGCACCCUAAUAAUCUCUUCAAAUACUCAGAGAUUACACUCGGAGGAUUCAUGUUCACACCCUCCCCGUUCUCCGGUGCUGUCACUCUCGGCAUUAGCAAUCACAACGUGUAUCAGAAAUGUCUGAUGGAAGUGUAAUUUUUGUUAGUCCUCAUACUCUAAAAGAAGAGAAUCUAUCAUUUGUGGCAUUAACCGGAGUCUGUAUUUAACCGUGAAGUUUUUUUCUUUGGUCACAUUCUAGUUUAUGUGUGAUUUCUGAAGUGCUUUUUUGCAGGAAACGAUAGAUGUAGCUAUAUUGAUCGCAGUGUGCCUUGUACACACUGUUUCUAUGGAGAACUUCACUUGUGUUGAACACAUUCAAUAUUGUUGGUUUAGGUUUACAAAUCCUAAUUUGAACUGGACAUCAGUAUUUCAUCUUAUGUGAAAGCAGUAACAUUUAAAAUUGUUCUGGCAAUAAUAAUAUAGUUUAGUUGGAGAAGCUUAGUGUUGAUUCUGUAAAGAGCAUUUCUGUGAAGAUACUUAUCAGAAUAUCUGAACAUGUUUAGUAGUUUAAUGUUGACAUAUCAGUGCUUUAUAAGUUGUGGGCAUAACUGGUAAUUGGUUUACACUCACUUUACUUAUAGGGUAGCAAUACAAGUUAAAACAUACCAAACCAAACUUUAUGCUAUGCAUCUGGACAUCUACAUUUACUGGGUUUAACACCAAAUUCAAAGCUAAAACUGCAACAUUUGUAUGCUUUUAAAACCCUGUCACUCUUAGAUCCAGCUGUAUUAGAUGUUGAACCUGUUGGAUCUGGUGUUGGACUUGCAUGGGAGUGUCUCUGACUGGAGUUCAUCAGUGCAAGGUUUUGUCUUUGUCCUGUUACCAGCCCAGUACCCGUACCUCUGUGUUCCAGGUAAUUAUGGUGUUAUCUGGUCAUUCUCGUAGGUCUUUUUGUACUGCAAGUUAUUUGUAACAUGAUAUAGACUAUUGGUGCACAUCUUGCUUUGAUAUUUUCUAUUUUCAUACAGAAGUAUGUACAGCUUCUUUUGUAUGCGCAGCAUCUUUUUUUUCCUUUUUUUUUUUUUGGUGCAUGAAAUGCGUAAGAAGUCACAGAGAGGUGUAUUUGCAUAUAAUUGCAUUUGGUACUAUAUAGUCUAUCCAAUAAACAACUGUUAUAUUUCAUAUAAUGUAUAUUUUAUUUUCAAAAAGUUAUGCUACAUAUUUAAAAAGGUAUUUUUAGAUUAUUGUGAAAAGGGAACUGUUUGUGAAGGCACAAUAUUUGUCUAUAUAUGACCAUUAAAAAUGAUCAGACAUGGAGACAAAUGUGUGCUAAUGUACAGUGCUGCAGAGUAUUCAUAAAUAAAAGUCUUUGCAUG